GGCGAGCUGCGCAUGCGCACUGUCUCCUUCCUGUCCACUCGCAGCACGUUUCCCGCCCAGCGCUGUUCCCUGACCCGCCUCAGCCGCCCUCACACCUCUCGGUUCCCUAUCUGCUGUUUCCUACCGUCUUUACUUUCUCUUUGGGUGUGACGAAAUGCCCUCGAUUCGGUUUAUGAAGGCUUCAGGUGUCAUCCGACCCUCUGGGACAGACCACGGCAUUCUUCCAGAGUCAUGGACGCAAUUAGACUGCGUGCCACUCAGAGCUGUAAUUAAGGCUUUAUUAUUUCCCAGACUUUUUAAGCAGAGCAGCACAGGACUUCAAUAAUCAGAAUCAGCAUAGCACAGAUCUUUAUAAGUAACAUGGCUUAUAGUGACACAGUGUGCCCUCAGCGCCCGGACCAGGCCAAAUCCGAACGCUGCUCGCUAUGAAGGCCAUAAUCUGGUCUGAGAACACACACAAAGAAAACGUGUCGCUCAUUCCAUCCUCAGAGGCGCCCCUGACUGCGGGGAUUUCUGUUGGCUGCAGCUCCAGCCCACAGCCCAUCUUACAUCAUAGAGACGGACACCUCUACAUCACAGUGGCGGCUCAGGCCCAGCUCAGCGCCUCCUGGCAGUCUCAGAGACCAGAGGCUCUGGUUGCUCUCGCAUCCAGUUUUCUCUAGAGGACACAAGAAGUCUCUUGUACCUCAGAGAACAAAGGAGGAGAGAGCUGUUUGGUGAAGGACAGAGAAGGGUACAGAAAGGGAGUGUUUCCUAGUAGGAAACACCAGGAAGCUUUCGCUCUUUAGCUUCACGUGCUCACCUGAAGCAAGAGCAUGGUCAGCCUGCAAGAGCUGAUCACUAACACUGAGCGCUGCAGUGAGACUGAUGGUUGCAGCACAGUCACGUUCCCCACUCUCAAGAAGCUUUCCAUCAAUGAUGUCACUACCAUUUGGAGCAGUGUGUUCAAGCGCGUUCAGCAACUGCUCCUGCUGGCAAAGCCUCCGGCUGUCAGCAUAACGGGACUGGGGACAUUUUAUAUUCAAAAAUGGCAAGCUCUUGAGGAUGGCAAGACGCUCACGUUUCAGAGACCACUGUUUUCACUGUCCGAGGCUGUUGCACAGAUUCGUGAUCUCGGAUACCCUCGUAUACUGUUGCCUGAUGAUGCUGAGAAAGUGGUGCUGAACUGUGAGACCAUACGCUUGCACACACCCUAUUCUCAGCAAACAGUGCAGGACUGUCUGUUGGAGACCUUGCAGUAUUUCUACCACGUCCUAACAAAUGGAGAAGAUGCAGACUUCACAUUAAAGGACAUCGGCACUCUUGCUAUCCGAGGGGAUCAAGUGGAAAUGACAUUUUGUGAAGACUUUUUACUGCGUCUCAACAAGUCUACACACGUGGCACAAAAGCUUUUCAGUAAAGGAUGGGUCAUCUCAGACAAAGAAACUGCUCUCCUGCCAAGCCAUUUUGGCCGUGUCCACCUGUUGCCAGAGUUUGAGAUCAAGGCAGUACCUCAAGUUCCCAAGAAUUCACUACCAAAGGAAAAGCUGCUUGAAAGAAAAGAGUCUUUUCUCCGCAAGCUACUCAGACUGCGAAGGACCCUUUCUCCAAGCUCAUUAAUCAUGGCUGAGAUAAACGAAGAAGAGGAGCCUGCUGGCAGCCCGCUCCCACAAAUGCCAGGCACAGAAGGAAGGCAGGACCAAGCUACUCCUAGCUUUGCAGCGGUCACUUCUCAUCCUGAAGCUGAUCCACAAAACCUGUCGGCUUGGAUCUGGGAGAGGAAGCAAUUCAUUUCUCAGCUAGAAAGAUUUGCAGACAUUGAAAAAUGGCUGAGAAAUAAGUCUCCCCGGAGCAACGUGGAAGAGAGAGUCUGGGAACGCAUAAAGUCACGGAGAGCAGACAGAAGGGCUGAAGCCAAAGCAGCCAUGACUGACAGCCUGGGCGACUCAACACCAGCCAGCAGCCAGCCUCAGAAGAAGGACGAAAUUCCCCCUCUUUGCAUACCAUAUCCCCAGGCUCUCAUCACACUGCAUAACCUCCUGCGCAAACGGAAGACGACGCUGGUGAAUGUCUUCAAGAAGGCUGGCAUGGAAGGCAGAAAUAUCAAGAGAGCAGACUUCAUUAAAAUCAUCAAGCAGACAAACAUUCCCAUCAGCGAACAGGAUCUGGAGGAUGUGAUCAUCUUCUUGACUGCCUCUAAUCGUGGGAAAUACACGACUAUCGAAAAGCUGAUGGAAUGUCAAAAGGAGUGGCUGGAAAGAAAGAAAAAAGAAUCCGGAGAGACCAAAAGAGGUGCACAGACUGAGCUCCAUAAAGCCAUAUGCAAAACUGCCACAUCUCCACCUUCUGCUGGGGACAAAGCCAAAGGGAUGGAUCCUACCAAGCCCAAAGUGAAGUUAACACCCUUGGAAGUUCCCCCGGUCCCUGCUGAGCCAGGGCAAGGACAUCAAACAGACGAUAGAAUGCGAGACAUUACAAAACCAUCUGGAGACAGGACACAAAAAACUGUCAAGAGACCGGAGAUGAAGAAGGACAAGGACAGCCCAACAGAAUGGAAAGAAACGUCUCAGCUGGGGAGAUCUGGGGAGCUACCUGUUGACGAGCACUGCUUCCCAUCAACUGCAGGCAGUGACAAAGGAGCGCUGGUCGACCAGUACCGCAGGAAGGUGGCUGUGAGUUACCUGAAUUCCUCCAAGCUGUGCAAAGAACGCGGCAUUCAUCUCACCGAGCCAGUGCUGCAGAAAGGCCUGCUGCACCCAGGAGACAAAAUCAUCAGAGAUGGGCAGCGCCUGAGGAAGAUCAGGCAGCCUGGAGGAUACUACAACAUAGGACUUGCUGAUACGUCCUCACCUGUGAGCACAUCCAGAUCAUCAAAAGGUGCAGCUGGAAACCUGGGCAAAGAGGCAAAAAACAAGAUGGCUUCAGAGGAGUUUUGCCGUUACUACUCUCAUCAGAGGAAUCAGAAAGAAAAGAGGAAUAAGGAAUUAAGAAAUGACAACAUGUUCUGGCCAGGUCACCUUCUGGACAAGUUGCGCCUCUGCAUUCCAGAAGAGGAGACCAACAGGGCACAUCCCUUGUUCAGCUGCGUUCGCCCAACCCGGCCCACGUACAACCGUGUCUAAAACCACAACCAGCGCCAGCCCAUCUGUGAGACAUGGUCUGUGGCCACCAAAGAUGCAGCAUCCAAGACUCAUUCCACCUGAAGGUCUUCCCCCAGCAGCGCAAGUUGCGUGCAGAACAUCGCGAUUCAUCGUCAGCUCAAGGGAUCUGAGCCGUUCUGAUGAAGAAAGCAUAAACACAUAGAAUGGCCUGAGCUGGAAUGGACCCGCAGGAGUCAUCUAGUCCAACACCUCAAACCCGAAUAAAAAACAUCAUUCAUUCUAUUCGCAGGACUACUUGCAUUCUGUGAGUGGAGAAACAGACGUAGCAAUAUGCACCAACACUGCGCCAAUGGAAACCACGGCGUCUUACACUUGGACUGCCACUCCUGACCAACGCUCAGCUCCCAGAGGAGCGCUCACUACUGCACCUCACGUUCAGAAAGCUGCAAGAACUGCUUUCCAUACACAGACAGCAGAGAGCCAUCUCUGGUGACUGCACAGCAGAGCACAUUUGCCGCUCUUUCGUAUUAGCUAUGAAUAACUCCCGUGAGAAAACCACUACUCAUUUUCAGACCAUUUUAAAUUACCAGGAGGGUAAUGGAAAGGCCAGGUGCAUGGCACACUAAAUCUGACAAGCUCCUGUCUCUUCCCAUGCCCAGCAGCAUGAGCUCUGUACAGAGCAAGGAGCUGCAGACAGAGAGUGCUGGCAGCCCUUGGAGGGCCGUGGCAGGGCUGAUUCUCUCUGCACAUUUGUGACGUGUGGAAUCAAACUCUACAACCCACGUAAGGUUAUAAAGUGGGUAUGUCUAUUACGGCGCUGGGAAGCACUGGAGAUGUUCCCACCAUGAGCGCUUCAAAGAUGACACAAUUCAGAGUGCGUGAUAUUUCCCCAGAUAGAACAUAUUCGUCAAUUACGCGUGAGACAAUUAACAUACACACGCCUAUCUCAGGUAGUGAGUUAUGAGGUCUCCAGUCCUCCAGCAUCACGUCCUUUUAGCAUCACGUCAAUCCAACCAGCAGCCUUUUACUUCAUCCAGGGGUCUUCCUCGCUCAUCCUCUUGAUGAACUUUCUUCAUUGACGCGUGCUCAGUAAGAGAACGCCUAUUAUAAGUACUUUAUAAGUACCAAAAUCGUAACAUUUGCUCACUCAGCACUCAACCAUUAUUUCUGGACAUGAUUUGGACAUAUUUGGAUAGAGAUAAGUUUGGCAACCUGUCUUUAAAUGACAGAUGUAUAUAUAAGGAGGAUAGAGGGGAGUAUCUUGAUGCAUGCCUAUUGCAUCCCACCCUAAUCCCAGAGUGAGACAGUUCGGCCUCGUGUGGAGGCCCUGGCCUCUUUGAUGUUUGAUAAACCUGCUUUGCUUUUGCUGAGGGUCUCUUAUUAAAACAGCACAGCCUCACAGCGUGCUUUCUAGUCUGCCUUGCUAUGCCCACACUAUUUGCAACGUUUAAAACGACUGCAGUUUUGCAAGCUAGAACUCAUCACGUAAUUCAACAACUAUAUUUCUAAAAUACGCUACUAAAAUAUACGGUGUUUCUACUUUUUUCAAAUCAGCUAUUUCUAGGGACGAGUUACGAAACGCACCGUGCUCUACUUCUUCAGCUCAAUUUAAAUGGGGAAACGCCGUGCUGGAAACCCAGCAGGAAUAAAGAAAAGCCGCCCCAUGUUUUUCUA